GAGUGGUUAUGUAUGUUGCUGUCCGUCGAUGACAGUUCUAUGACAUCUAUUAAAACUGAUAUACUAAUAAACAUAAAACCAUGAGUGACACAACAAAAAUUGAAUGUAAUUCUUAUAUAAGUAUCGAAUAAAGCAUUGAAUGACAAAAUGAACAGUAGUUUUGGAUUCCACAAUUAAUAAAAAAAAUUAAACAUCAUCAUCAUGGAGGAGAAUGAAUUGUACAAUGCUACAGUUCCAUCUUUCUCUGGAAUUGAACCAGCCUUUUGGAAUUAUUCAGAUCAUGUCAUCCUUGAUGAUCUCAAGAUGGAUAGUAGUUUUAUAUAUUUACUUUGCUCAUUAGUAUCUGCUAUUUCCUGGAUUAUUUAUAUAGCCUAUUAUAAUAGCAGAGUUAUUGGUUAUAUAUUAACAAAAUUAUUAAAUCGAUUUGUUAUUAGAGAUGGAUAUGUUAAAGUAGGGUCUUUUACUCUAAGUGCACUAAGCGGAAAAAUAAUGUUUAGAGAUAUAGUUUAUAUCACAACAGAUUAUAGUAUCAGAGUUCAGGAUGGAUGGCUUAUAUUUAGGUGGUGGAGGAGUUAUGUUCCCAAAGAUGUAUCUGAAGAUCUUUCACAUUCAGACACUCGACUUUCCGUCAUGUUAAAUGGCUUUGAAUUACACGUUUACAAUCGCUGUCAACUAUAUGCACAACUAGAAAAAGCAUUUGGCCUCACACCUCAAAUGUUUUCCGACGAAGAAGAUCAUACUGUUAAUAUAGAUGAUCGUGAUCCAGAGUCAUAUAGUAAUGCUGCUUGUGAGGCUCGUCAACAAAUAAAUGCAAUGGAUGUUUCACGUCAUGUUGAUAACAUUAGGAAAAAAGAAGCUCAUGUUAUAGCUCGAACUUGGAGAGAUUUAAUACCUGUUAUUAAAUUAGAUGUUUCUACAGGGAGACUGGUGUUCGGUAAUCGAUUAGUACCAACAACUUUGUCAAUAACCGUGGAGGAAGCACAUUUCGUAUAUUCUACAAAACCAGCAGCAUCUCGACAUGACCAUUUCAUGCAUUUCACAAAGUGUAAAGCAGAAAAUUUCAAAGUUAUUUUAGCACCUAGUCCAAAAUAUACAGGAAUGGUAGAUGAUCCACCUAGAUACAUGGGUGAAGGAUUUGUUGUUCUAAGCUCAAACAAUAUGGAGGUUUACUACUAUAUGGAUGAACCAGGAUUUGUCCCCGAGCAUCCAGAAAUGAUACAACUGGUAAAUGGUGAUAUGGUAGAAGCUAUGCCACCAAUCUGGGGUAUUGAUGUUAAAUGCGGGAAGGGCACUGACUUUAGUUACGGGCCUUGGGCCGAUAGACAAAGAGAACAUUUAUUUAAAUUCUUUUUCCCUAAUGAUUAUCAGCCACUGAAAGUUACAAAAUCACCCGUGUCUGGCGAGAAAAGACAAGUUCAAUCGUUUGACAUUAGAUUAUCAACAUUGAAUGAAGCUACAAUCGAUAUACUCUUUAGCAAGAACAGGGAAACAAACGCUGUUCAUAUUAAUGUAGGUCCUGGAUCUUAUCUGGAAAUUACCAUGCCUUGGAUAGUUUUGCAAGAUGGAUACACAACAAAGAUAACAGGUCAACUGUUGCACUUAGAAGCAACUACGAGUUUACAAUAUCGAAGUUUAGUUGAAAGCGAAACAUUAGAAUUUGGUGUUAAAUGUCACUAUCCGAUAAGAUGGAACGAUCAUCAGGAAUGGACGUUAAAUUUAACUGGAUGCAAAGCCACUGCUAAUUUAGUUUAUUCGCACAAAGAAUUUUUUCAAGAUAUGAUUAAUGAUUGGGCCAGUAAAGCCAGGCCUGAUAUUUUACAUUUUGUACCUUAUACGUGGAAGUUUAAUUUAUUAUUGAAAGAAUUUGAAUUGAUCACGUUAUGUAAUGAAUAUAAUUGGAUCGACUGUUCAUCACAGAAUCAAGAAAAUGCGCACAUUGCUUUUUGCGGGGAAUUCUUCGAAUUGUCGUUUGAUCUUCCAUUUGUGGAUUAUUUGCCUGUCACGAUACCUUUACGUUUUUGGAUUCAAGGCGAAAGCGUCGAUCUUUCCUUUUAUUUACCUGAAGUCAAUACAAGUCGUACAAUUUUGUUAGCUUUGAACAAAAAUGCUAAAAUUAUGACACGCGAUGGCUCACACAUAUAUUUAUCAGAAUUGAAUAAAACUAAGAAAUGGAGGAACGUUUGCCAGAAGGGAGCAGGCUGGGUUGACUGUUGGUCUGUACCUAUUGUGGCGUUAAGUAUUAAUUAUACAUAUCAUCCGUGUCCACCUUUAGGACCCACUCCGCAAGCAAAUAUAACAACCCCGGAGAAAGAAGAGAUUCUUUUAUCUCCAAUGAGAAUUCCUCGAUGUAGAAAGUCGCCUGGACUUCGGUGGACUAGAAACGGUAGUCAAAAGUUUGAUCCACAGUCUAUAGCUCCUGACAAAGUUAGUUUAGAUCUUGAAAUCGGCUCGUCUAUAUUGAUCGUGUACGGAUCGCUCUUGAAAAAUUUUAUACAUUUAAAAGAAAAUUUAUUUGGCGAUUAUCAAACGUUUACCGAUAUGCAACAAAGUCGAACAAAUCCGACGUCUAUAAGUACGGAAAGAAGCAAAGACAAAGACGUGCAAAACAGUAGUAUCGAGUCUGUAGAAGAUGAGGAUGCAAAAUCAAAAUCAUUCGACCCGAGAGAUUAUCGACCAUUGGAAGUAACGGUUGGAAUCACUAUGCAUGAUAUUCAGGCUCACCUAGUAAAAAAUUGCGGCGAGAAUGAUCCACCGUGUCCAGUUAUAAUUCUCGAACGAUUUGGAUUUGAAAUGAAUAAACGAUAUAAGGAAACGGAACUUCAAUUGCUUCUCUCACCUGCAAUUGCGUUAGUUACUGAUAAUGUUGUUCGGUCGAGCAAGGAGCGUCAUUUAAAUCAAGGACAUUUAAUGUUAAGUGCGUUGCAAGUAAGAGGACAUGCAAUGUUCAGUAACGAAGGAAGAAGUUUGGAUCAAGAGACUUUAGAGUACGCGUGGUUAAUCGAAGUACAAUUAGGAAAAUUGACUGGAAAGAUGAGUUCUCCUCAAUUACAUCACCUUAUCACGUCUCUAGAAACGUUCUUAUUGAUGGUGAAAAAUAAUGAAAAUAGUUUACGACCACCAGAUCUACCGCAUCAUUGCCAUCAUGGCAUUCCUCCAUUGCAAUGUCCUGAUAGUGACAUUGAUAAUCACUAUAGAUGUCCUAGUUCUGAGGAUAUAAAGUAUAGAAUGACAAGAAUAGCAAUAGAUGCAGUUGAUUUGUAUUUUCAAGAGGUAGGAACUACAGUACAUCUUUGGAUAUCUCCAAUUCGUGUUUCAACGUGUAAUCUUCAUGGUCAACAAGUGAAAUCUGGCGUAACUGGUGUACUACCCAGAAUAUUAAUACGACAAUUCGUAUCAGUCGCUGAUCAUUUUGCAAACACAAGUAACACAAACACAACUGGUAGUGGACGAUCACAUAAUAAUGCAAGCAGUCGCGAUGGAUCCGACAUUUGGUUGGAAGUAGGAUCUGUAGCUUUAGGUCCUGUUAUUUUAGAAGCUGCAAUUUCACUUCCGACCCCUGAACACAAUUUACACCUAGUACAAAAUAAAUAUUUAAAAUUGCACGACGAGGCCACUAAACGCUUAUGGUUUUUAUGGCCCCAAGAGAGUGGUAUAAAGCCGACAAAGUGUGGUUGUAUAGGUGGAUGCGCAUUCUUUGGAAAUAAUCGAAACGGGCCGAGAUUUUUUAAACCAAAUUACCAUGAUUUUCAAGACGGUAUUAAUGUCGCUGCGUAUAGAAUUAACGAGUCUGGAAAAGAGAAAGGAUUUGGUCAGUCUAUUUUACACGACGGUCAACUGGUAUUUCAUACUUCGCCUUAUAAUUUGCAAGAUGUAUCUUUGCAAGACCAUCCAGUUAAAGGAAAGUUAACCACUACUCAAGAUGGAUCGCACACUUCGAAAAAGGGUGUCGAACGUCCAAGGUCUGUGACAGAUCAUAAUAAAGAUUCCGGUAUUGAAGAGAAUAGUAGUAAAAAAUUAAUUACUGCAUCAGCAAGUCCAUUCGCAUGCAGUGGGGAAAGGAAACUGCUGGGCAGAAGAUUUUCUUAUACAUCAAUGCGUGGAAACAGUGUAAAAGAUGUCCCAUAUUCUCGAUUAGUCGAUGCGAGUCCUGUUGCGCAAUUACCACAAAAAUUAGAUUCGGAUUCGAAGCUGCAUACAGAGCGCAGUAAAUCCAUUUUAAAUGUUCCUGAAAUCGAGGCUGCUCCGAAAAGCAGCGUGUCUGAUUCUAAAUUAGCAGUGGAUUAUUUCAAUGCAUCGGAUGGUGAACCGUUUGAGUCAAACAGUCCCCAAUCGUUACCAAUUGUAUCUACAGAAACAAAUUUGUCUGACUCGAUGCAAACAAGUACAAAAACUAUCGAUGGUAUUACCAUCUCUGACUCUCGCCAUUCGUUAUACAUAAAAUCAGAGUCUGAUGAAAAAUUAAAGAAAGAGGUUCAGCGGACGAUAUCUAUGUCUUCGGAAAAUCAUUCGGAGGCUUUCUACUCUGCUGACGAAGACACGAGUCACGGAUUAAGCGGAAGUCGUACGUCGAGCUUGCGCCAAUCUAUCGUCGGAUCCGGUUCCGUAUUGGCUCGAAACGAUAGCAUGAAAAAGAAAUUCUCGUCGGACUUGUCUAUCGUAGAAAGUUCAGCGAAUGUAAACGCUCCUGUGUCUGAGAAAGCUCACACUUUAGAGAGAACAAAACCGCAAACGAUAAGCACGAAACGAAGCCCCAGAGUGAACAGAAACACGAGUUUUCAAAAUGACAUCGAUUCGAACGAGAACGGCGGAUUACGAGAUUCGUCCGACAGUCAUUCCGUUUCUUCCACGAGUUUUAUAUCCGCCGUAUCCUCGCAAGAAGAUGUCACUCUUGUUAAUUUGCACAUGCAAGUAAAUAAACCCAUUGUCGAUUCCCCACUAUUGCUGUCGAGCUACGUUAGUCAUCUAACUCAGGUACGUUGCUCGAAUUGGAGUCAAUCGUCGAUAACAGCUGGAGGUGGUGCAUUUACCACGCCGCUUUUUCAGCGUACCGAGGAUGGUAGAUUAGUUUACGUUGGCGGGCGAUACGUGCCAAAAUUUGAAACUGUCACCGAAGGUUUUACAUCGUUAAAAAUGAUCACGCGAUCCGAUGGCUCGCCUGUGGCUAGUUCGUCCAAUAAAACACCUACCCAUCCGUAUCUUUGGGACAGUGCAACUUUGAAUCAAAUGGAAGGCGAAGAAGACCAUACAGCCCAUAAUGAGGAAGAAUUAUUAACAGUACAGCAUGAAAGUGGUUCACGUACAACGAUUAUUGUAAAAUUUAAAGGAGAUGUAGAUAUUAUGCUAAGUCCUAUGGUGCUAGAAUCUUUGCAACGUUUCAUCGAUGCUAUCAUACCAACAUUGGCCACUUUACAUCCGUUAACGAUCCUGAAUCAUCUUCAUCAUGAGUGUAUCGGGAAAGUCGAGGAUGCUAAUAUUUUAAAACAGGAUCAGAGUUUGUCUUAUUGGGGUCAAGUGCAGACUAGUUCGAAACGAUCCACCGCCGAGAAAAAUAUUAAAAAUGGUCAAGGUGACGACAAACGUAAAAUUGCACUACAAACAAACGUGUACGAAGAAAGUAUUAUGACUCAGAUACAAGGCAGUAUUAUUUUACCAAAGAUGAACAUAACUUUAUUACAAGCUUCUGUCGUUGAAGAAAUCAUAUCCUUUUCCGCGCUCGAGAAUAUUCGCGAUUUAACGUGCGUGUCGCUGUUUGCUGUUUGCUUCGACGAUGUAACAGCAAGGUUUUACAUCGGAAAACAGGCUCGAGAAGUGGUGCAAACGUUUCAUAAACCAGUUGUAUUACCAAAUCAGAAAAAAGUUAACAAAAUCAGCAAGGCAUUUUUACCUGGUCAUCAAACAGCUGCAGUAGUUGCCGAUAUUGGAAGCGGCGAGACAGUAUAUAUAGAGACUUCAGAGAAACAACAAGAAGAAAUUGUAGUCACAUUAAAUAUAGGCAAAGCUCAUUCACAGUUACGUAGACUUAGAAACGAAUCUUCGAUAUUGAAAGAUGCUGUUAUAACAGCUAUUCCCGCUCAUUAUUCUAGAGUACUAUUUACAUGCACCAGAAUAACUUCUCCAUUGAAAUGCGUCGAUUAUUAUCUGCAUCAAUUUAUGGAUGAUAAAGAAAAAUGUAAACAAACUGGUCCCCCGCAAGCAACAGAAGAAUUUACUUUGGGAAGUGGGGAGGAUAGAUUGGGUUUUAUAAUGUUUGAGUGUGGAUUAGAAGGUAUCAAACUAAAGGUACUGAAGAGAUCUCAAUUUGAAACAGGAGAGAACGGGAGCGAUAAUAAAAAAGUCGAUGCUGAAUUAUUUUAUACGGAUAGUGUGAAAAGUCAAGAGGAAUUAGACAACGCUACUGCUUCUACUGCGCCUGCAGCUGAACCAGAAACAACAUCAACGAAUGUACCCAACGGAGCGCAAAUAAAUACGAGUGCCACAUGUGCUAGCCUCGCUUCGAAAGCUGGGAAUGGAAAUACUGUCUCUUGUAUUAUAGAAUUAAAAACAAUAUGGUUCAAUUUUGCAGCACCACCACGCACCCCAAUAACACGAAAAAUUGAUUAUACUCGAUUAGACUGGAAUUUACUGAGCACAGCAUCACCCGCCAUUAAUGCUUGGAUGAAUCCUAGUAAUAAGUUCGCGAUGCGAAUCGUGCACAUGUUCAGAACUAUGUACAGAAGAUCGACCGCCAUUGUUGCUUGUCUUAUGGCAGAGGCGUUGGAUGUGCAGGCCAUUCACAUGCCUGCUAAGAGUCGUUAUGGAAGAUUGACUCCAUUGGCAAAAACACUACAAGAAGAUCCAUCGUGUCAAUUAUGUACAAUUUUACAAAAUUAUGUUCUAUUAAACGAUCUAAUAAUUAUCGAAGCCAAUUUAAAAGAAUCUGAUUUACCUUUGUUGUCUACACUUCGCCAAGGUGUCAUAGUAUUGAGCAGACAAUGGAAAAAUGUCCUUUAUACACCAUUGUUGUUGGAACACAAUUAUAAAACAAAACAUGUGAAACCAUUGAAUGUUACUUUUGCUGUUUCAGAUCCAGAUGAGGAAAAUUUGCUGACAGAUGGUGAAGGUAGUGCAGGAGAGGUUGAUGAUCAGGAAGUCACAGAUGAAUGUGCUAUGUUAAUUCAUACGGACCACAUGCAUAAGCAUACACAUGUCAAGAGUGGACAAGAAAAAACUACAGGUUAUGGCACGCUACGCGAAGAAAAGACACCGCAAAUUCACAUUUCUCAUUCUCAUCAACUUGGUUCCAAUCCAAGUAUAUAUUCCGGAGGCGGGCAUGGUAGUCAACAUAGUACUGGAAGUUUGGAUCAAGUGACUUCACCCACAAGUCAUCAUUCCAAUAAACCUCUAAAUACUGGUGAAGAUUUGUACAGUUGGAUGGCUAAGCAGCAAGAAUUUAUAAAAGACAAUGAGAAAGGCAAUUUGAAAGGAAAUUGGGAUUCUAAAAUUAACACAAUGACAACAGAUGACACGGAAGACUCUGAUGUUCAUAGUGGUACUCUUCUAUAUCCAAUGAAAGAUUCCCUCAGGCUGUUAGAUGCACAUUUAAUUUUUGAGCCGCUUUUGUCUUCCUUAUCCGUUAUGCCGCAACAAAUGCUAUCCGCAAUUGGUUCAGGAAAUGUAAAUAAUGUGUCUUCCUUAGAAUCAUUAGGGUCAAAUUUGUCUCUGGUAGGAAGUAUGGAGACAAUGCGUAUUGACAUAGUGGUCAGUGAAUUUGGAAAACUAACAGACAAGAAGAAAGGAAACAAAUACCAAACGAAGAAAGGAAAUAAAUUCCAUUUGGAUAUACCACCGGAAACUCCGGCAUUUUUAUGUGAGAAAAUUGGUAUUGAUAUAGAUGUUAAGAAAAUGGCUGAUAUGACAGUAGACGAUAUGAUUCAAAAGCAAACCGUUUUGUACAUAUCUCGGGGCCAAUUGAAAAAGCAUACAAGUACAGUUGUGAAUUUUAGUCUAAAUAUACGAUACAUUAGCCAACAAGUAAAUAUGCCUCUUCUCAGAUUAUUGCAUCAGAUUAGUAAUAUGUAUCAGAACGUUAAAGAGACACAAAUGGAGCUGAAAGAACAGCAACCAGAAAGUAAACGAAACAAUAACUUAAUUGUCAAUGAUACAGCAGUAAAAAAUGGAUCAUCGUCAACAUCCGAUUUACAAGAACAGCUUCUAUUGGGUGGUAAAAAGAUGGAUGUCCCUUUACUUCGCAACAGUUUCGAACCCGAUAUAUCCAAAGUUACUUCACCUGGAAUGAACGUUCGAUCUCGACCACAAAGCUUUGCUCAAAAACUAUGCAGCACUGGGAAAAGCGUGAAAGGAUAUAUCAACUUGAGCGAGGGGGUCAUAACUCCUAAUUUCGGGGCGAGUCCUAGUGGAUCUGGCUUAGAUAAAUUUUGCGUACUUCCUGAUAAACGUAAAGACACGCCGCACAUGACGCCACGUUGUUGGAAAACAAUUUAUUAUCUAUUGGAUCUGUAUGCUACGCGACCAGAGACUAAAACUAUUACUCAUCGUUUCUCUAUACCUGCGGAUGCAUCGGAACAGUAUAAAAGUGGCAGAAAGUAUGAAUUACUAAAUGAAACAAAAGAUGCUGAUAUCGAGAAAGGAUUGAACGCUGAAAAUAGCUCGACACCGGUGCCGCUUCCACGAGAAUUAAGUAUUGUCACGGGAGAACGAACAAGAUUAAUUAUCUUCGGUGUUGCCCGAAUACAUAGAACUAGACUAUUAGCUACUCUCAGUGGAUUAAAACUAGAGGCAGAAAUAACAAGUCUUCAUGCCAGUUUAACAUGUCGUAAAAAGUCAAAACCCGCAAGCUUGGAAUGUAGCUUAACUGGACAAAUUGGUAGAACCAUGAUUGUUUUACUGGAAGGGGUAGCGCCUAGUCAACAAACGGUUGUAAGAGUAACUGUAGGGAAGUCACAGGCCUUAUAUUCUAGUAUUAGUAGACGUCAAAAAGAUAAGAAUAGCGGUUUGUUGACCGUCGGCGCUGUGAAUAUAGAUAUUCCUCAACAUCCAGUAGCUCUACAUGGUAUGAUGACCAGAGGCAGUAAACAAUUAUCAUCAACCUUACAAGAACUUAGAGUAACAAGGACAUCCUCGAGAAUGUCCAGAGGUCAACAGCAGGAUGAAGCGGAUAUAGCCGCACCUGGUAGUCCUCAUCAUUAUGCACCAGCGCCAUCGGUUGACUUAGAAAAACCACAAGUUGUAUCUAGUCUGUUAGAACCUAUUGUCAUGCAGUUUAAUAUAAUACUUCAAAGUUUGAGUAUAACAGCAGCCCUGUUACCAUCUUUACAAGCUCAAUAUAAAAUGGAUCAGGUCACUAGUUCCGGUAUAACUGGUAGCAAAGCUAAAUUUACGAUAGAUCUACCUCAUCACACGUUGAGCUUUACGACAAAGCUUCAAGUGAUUGAAGCAAAUUUACCUUCAGAAGCUAGCAUCGAACUUCCUAAAGUACAUGUAUCUGCAGAGUAUAUUCAAGAUGGCAGUAGUAAUAUGAACGAUAGUAAAUUAGCUGAUGGUGUUGUGCUAAGGCAAGGCAGUUAUCUUAGUGCUACGGCCGAUAUUGGUACCUUUGAACACUCUUUGACUACGGAUCUUCUUAACCAUUUAGUAUUUGUACAAAAGGUAUUCAUGAAGGAAGUAAACGAAGUUGUACAGAAAGUUUAUGGUGGGGAGAAACCUGUUCCUUUGUGGCUAGAGGAUGAAGAACCCAAUAAUACAACUAUUAAAAGAAUAUUAUUCUCAUUAAUUAUCCGCAUCAAGAGAAUACAAUUGACUGCAACAACUCCCACAAAUUCGGCAGUACGAUUAGAAACUGGUGCUGUUGAGCUUCAGUUAUCUAACAGAGUGCAAAAUGUGUUUGGCGCUACUCAGCCAAAUCCGUACAUGAAAUUAUUUGGAAAGGCACAAGUUGAUAUCAAUUUAAGUCUUGGUCAGUUGCUGAAGAAUGUCUUAUUUGAAGAGGCAGAACCGGAAUUCCAGCAAUUCGCUUUUUUCAAUACUAGAGUGGGAUUACGUAAUGCCUUUCGAGAAGAGAUGGCACAGGGCGAAGAUAAAGAAGUAGUUUUAAUUACACUAAAGCGUCCUCUGAUAUAUGUCCAACCAGUGGCUAUCGACAAAGCCAUUCUUGUUUGGUUAAAUUACAAAAACGCGUAUGAGUACUGGAACGAGAAAAGAGCCAAUUUGAAUAAAGAGGUUUUAACGGCUACACAGCAAGUGUUUGAAAAAGUACCGUUUGGCCAAAUAACGAGUCAGCUUAGCGCUCCUCACCUAGGAACAUUAUUUUUGCAACUAACUGUCGACGAUAUGGGUAUUUGUUUACCCCUCAAUCCUCUACCACCUACUUGGGGCAUGAACAGAGGAUUGUAUGAUGGCGAAUCACGGGAUGCUGUGGUGGUAACCUUGGAAAACACAAGUAUAUCUGCAUGUAGCAGUGGUAGCUUAGUUAGCAAAGGAAGAUUUAUGGGUUUGUGCUUAAGAUUUGCUGAAGAUUUUGAAACUUCUUUGGAUGAUUGGAAACCUGACACAACUGAUAGUAGUAUCAUGAAUUUGUGCAUAGUGUCGGAAGGUACUUAUGAAGUCUGCAGUAGAACGAUCGCGCAAAAACAGGACAAAUCCGAUAACGCUAAAUGGAUUUUAAACGUACAGUGGCAAAUGGAAGGUGUUGAUAUUCAUUUGGAUGUUAACGUGGGGCAACAAUUGUCAGCACUUGGACACACGCUGACAAUGUUAACUGGUUCUGAGGAAGAUGAUAUUCAUGUACCUGCGGACUAUGAUAGCGAUGACGCGGAUCAGCCAGAUAAUAGUACUAGCCAGGUUAAAAAAAAAGAGAGUAUACUAAUGAAGAAGUCAAAGAAUUGGACAGACAGUUUACCAGCGUUCGUUUUUGAUCCUACGCUCGACGCGAAAAAGAGAUCGAAAUUAAUUGAAAAAGAAAUGAACGAACAAGCGAAGAUCAUAAAUGAUCUACGGUCGCUAGGUGCCUCUCACGGGACUAUAGAACAAGAAAUGAAGCGUUUACACGAAUUAGAAGCUAUGGUAUUUAAAGAUUUUAGAAGAGAUAUGAUUCAGAAAUUAAGAAGGCAGUCGGUUAAAGCAUCUGGAAUAAAAGGGAAAUUGGGACUUGGUGGUAAACCAAACACGUAUCGAUCACGUUCAUUUAUUGUACCAUCACCGACGCUUGAAAAUCAGCUUGAAAGUCCCGAAGAUCUAAACAUGGAAGUCAAUUCAGCAAAUUCUGCCAGCUACGAAAGUAGUCCUAGAAGUGGUCCAAGCCGAUCUGCUUCCCUUCGUGUAAGAGGACUCAGUGGACCACGAGUUACUUUCAGUGACACACAUACAAUGGGCAGGCAAUCGUCCUUACCAAGCGCUGGAUCAGAAUUGAGUUUACCGGAAGGGGAACUAGAAUGGCCAGAGACUAUUGAAAUAGAAGGAGAACGAGUUGAAUUGAGAAAGAAGAACAGAGACAUUAGUUGUACCUCAAGUUACGACAGCAUGGAAGGGAAUGCUCCAUUGCUCGACUCGUUUGGGAAAGAACAAUCGUCGUCGACUUCGUCGCCGUAUGUAACGCCACAGAAAACUCAAGAGCCCAAUAUAGACUUCGAACUCGACGUGAAAGUUCUGAUUAACAGUGGCAAAUGUGUGCUUCACACAAAGGAUCCAGGGAAAGACGAUGAGAUUAAAAUUAUGAGUAGAAUGAAAAAAGAGCGAUCGUGCUCAGGAGGCACGUUUGAAUUUCAACCAAGCAGUCCUAGUAGUAGUAGAAAACAUUUAAGUAGUAAAGAGAAAUCGUCGACUACAAGCACGUCUCGAUUGCGAUAUUUGCAACACACGAAUGUACCCUUAGUCGAUUUAACAAUUUUUCAUAUUCCCGGUUUAGACGUGAAGGUGCACUACGAAUCUAAAACGCUUCCUGAAGAAUCUAUGUCUCCUCGCGUGUCGUCAGAAAAUAGUACGCUCAAUCCUUCAUCGACAACCUCGCUCAGGAAGUCCAGCACCAAGAAGGCUAGUCUAUUUGCUUGGAUGACGCUCCAGAGCAUACCGGAGGAAACCAUAAUUAGUCCGCAUAUUCUUGAAUUUUUGGAACAAACAUUAGAACCGAUACCAAGCAAAACGAGUUUCCACAACACUGUACAUACGAACGCGGUGUUCCCGUUGGAAAAUACGGAGAGCACAUCCUGGGCUGCUACCGCAGCAAGUAGUAGCAAUUACGUUUAUGCAAGUUUCCCUGUUGACGUGAUAGUAUAUUUUCAUAUGCAACCUUCUACAUUCAGGUUUUCUUGUUUACCGGUUUCUCGCGUGGAAUGUAUGCUUCAAUUGCCGUCCCUUGACAUAGUGUUUUCGUCCAAGCGAGCGGAAGAAGAGCUCAUAGAAUUUCGAGAGUACAAAUCCCCAGGUAUUCAGUCCUCGGGGAAAGAAGCAAGUUCAGCGAUCGGUGGAUUAUCCGUCACUGGAUGUCUCGCUGACUUUUCCGUUUAUAUCUUUCACCCAUAUGGCGGUGGGAAAAAGACAGGCUUGAAAGAAGCACAAUGGUCGCCUUUAUCGGACAGCGAAAGGAAAGAUUCUCUAAGCAUCAACGUUGAAUUUGUAAAAUUCCAUAUGUCGAGAAGUCGAAAAAUAAAUUUUCAUAGCGAGCUAUCGAAAAAGAUGUCUGAUACUAGUCGCGCGGUUAUACGAUUUUCUACAAUUGUCGAUAUCGGAUCCGCGUCGUUUAAAUAUGAUAUGCGUAGAUUAAGUGAGAUCUUGGCUUUUCCAAAAGCGUGGUACAGACGUAGCAUAAUGCGUCGUUUAUUUCUGGGGGAUUUAAGCUCAGGUACCGCAUAUUCUGAAGGCGAUUGUAGCCCUUCCCUAAAUCAAGACGAAGCAGUCAUUGGCAGUUCUCUGUUAAAGCAUUACGAUCGACACGGUACCGAUGGGCUGUCGAAAAGUGCCCCGGAACGAAGUCCAACAUUGAACAGAGAUAAAUUGAGAUUGAGUUUGGAAAGUGAUAUACCCAGACAUGCACGUUUGAAAGAUAUCGGCAGAGGAUGGAGUUUCACCUCUGAUAAACAAACGUCCUCGGAAGUUAAAUUAAGAGAAGCCGCGUGGGAAACACUGGUAUUGUUUGCCAUAAAUUUCACCCGUUUAAAUGUUCAUAUGAACAUGAGUAACGUGAUGGGCAAUGUUACGUGGAUGGCGAAAGAUUUUAGGUCCGAUGGAAGACUAUCGAUAGGUAGUACAGGGCAUAAAAAUCUGUAUAUAAGUGUCGGAUUAGGAGGCUCCAGUUUAGAUGCAAAGGGUGGUAUUGUUGGUGGUACCAUAGAAUUGAGUAAAAUCGAUACGUUCAUUCAUAUCAGAGAAGAACCUGGAAUAGAACCUGAUCACACACUGGGUUUGAGACUGUUUGCAUUGGAAUUGCGAUUAGAUUAUAUGGGUACGAGCGUGCUAAUGUCCAGAGUGUCUUCAUUGGACGUAUCGUUAAAAGAUGAAUGGAAAAUUAACCGAAGUAACAGCGGAGAUGCUUUCAUGCCAACAAGAAGGCCAGCAAUAAUCUUCAUGCAUGGAGAUUUAGGGUGGGAUCAGCUGCAAGUUAUGAUCAGUAAAUCAACGACAGCUGAUUUAUUAAAAAUGUACUAUAAGUUAGAUGAAUUUUCCAAUCAACAAUUUAAAAGUAGCAAACGAGUAUUUAGCUCUUUGCAACCGAAACAUCAAAGAGUAAAUAAUAGUAGCUUCAGAAAGAGGCAGAUGAAACACAGGUCUACCUGUGAAGGCCCGUGCAACAUAAAUCAAACCACGAUAUCAGAUGCCCGUCAUCACAGGCAUUGGCAAGGUGUAUUAGCCCAAGUAGCAGGUCUUCAAUUGGGGAGUUUAAGAUUCUCUCUGCCAUCAACGGGGACUGUACUCGGUGGAACAAUGGAGCUUCACGGAUGCAACAUUAGUUUAGCUUGUUUCCACGGGAUAAACUUUAAGAGCAAAAGUUGGGCACUGUUCUCGUUAAAGGAACCGUGUAUCAGUUUUGCCACAGAAGCUCAAGAGAUUCCAAGCGUUGAAUCACCGAAUACAUGUGACGUCCAUGUUGUGCAAACUUUGACUAUUAGUUUAGGUCAACAACAGGAACAACAUGCAAGGCAUCAUUCUAUGGCUACUGUUUGUAGAUUGAGUCGCAGUCUGUUAUUUCCACCCCAAUUUAAGUCGUUACAAGAAUGGUUUCAUUAUGCAUUUGCUAGUAGUGAAAUCGAUGCUGUAGAUCGGUUUCCAUGCGUUGAAAGGGAACGGACAGACAGUACGUCAGAUAGUGGUAACAUGACUCGUGGAAGAAGUACAUCUACGACUUCCGGAAAAUUGCAAGAACAUUCUCAUGCAAGGGAAGUUAUAUUUGCACUACCGUCUUUGCAAUUACAUUUAAAAACUGAACACCUUCAAACGGCGAAAACUCCCGAUGUCAUUGGUGAAAAGCCAUUAGUUGAAUGUAGUUUCAUAACGGAAUUCGAGGACCAUAUCUUUGUUACGGUGGAUGCAGAAGCCUUUUUCUUUUUGCACGACUUGAUUACUUCAUAUGUGAAGGAAGAAAUGGAUAUGGGUGGACAUAGUACCGAUCUUCAUGGAAGAAGAAGCGGAACUGCGUCCACGGCCAAUAGCUUCGCUGCAACAUCGAUUACCUCUGAGGACGAAAAGAAACGGAAACAAUUUGAUCCGUCAGAAAUGUUUAUAAAAGACUGGCGAUCCUACAGGUGUAAAACAUGGCACUUAGAACCCACCGUAAGAUUGCUCUCAUGGGCCGGUAAAAGCAUCGAACCAUAUGGCAUAGACUACAUCUUGCAGAAGUUAGGAUUUUCUCAUGCUCGUACAACGAUACCAAAAUGGAUUCAACGAGGUUUUAUGGAUCCUUUGGACAAACUAUUAGCCAUUCUUAUGUUAAGAAUGGUCUCAGCCGUUCGAGAAGAAUCGCCGGAAGAGCAGAAAGAGCAUAAACGGGAUAAAUAAUUAUUACAACAUAAAAGCGAUCAUUAGAGCCGUUAAAACAUUGAAUUCGGGCAGCAGAACAGACUCAAAAGUGAAAUCGUACAAUAAUCGUCCAAUAUAAUAAAGUUCUUUCAACAGGUUGGUAAGCAAGAAUAAUAAUACACGGUACUCCAAGCUUCUUCCUAAUAUUGCGUAAAGUGAAUGUUUGGUUAACACGAAUUUACCAGUGAGGGGAGAAACCAAAGUGAUCAUUGUAACAGAUUGUUCUCAGUGUAAGAAACGAAGAACUCGUAAUCGAAGAAACUAAUAUUUUCAAUGCAUACACGUUUUAGAGGAUAUUUGUAUGCAGUGUAAUUAGGAAAAAAUGCAACCUGUUAUCAAGCAAUUGUACAUUAAAUUAUAGAUAAAGGUUUAUAAUCAUCAAUAUUCCGUUCGAACGUGUUAGAUAUUGCACAGAACGCCGAGGGCACAUCAACGAGCGUUAGAAUGUAUACAUAUUAUAGCGUUCAACGACGUUUCGUUAUAUUUUCAUAAGGUAAUAUCAAGAAUUUUAGUUUAAAAGCGAAAAUUCGUUCUCACGAUCGUUCACGAUUGAAUACUAAAUAUCACCGUGAUCGAUAUGCAUUUCGUGUAUAUUUAGUUCAGUAUCGGAGAGGCCAGGUGAAGACUCGCACCUUUUCUCGUUUCAGGUGUGAGUCUGUACCUAAUCUCCAUGUUCAGUACUGAUGUAGUAUUCGAUAACGAGUUUUCAGCUUUAGAAUUUUAUAAAUUACAUUUAUGUACGUACUAUGUACAGUUCUUAGCGUUUUAAGAAGUUACGCGCCUAGAUAAGGAAAACACGAAAUAAUCGUACGCGUUAAAUACGAAAUACAUAGAAGUUUUUCGCUUCUAGCUUGAAACUUUGCAGCUUUCUUAGCGCGUACUAUUUCAAGGAGAAUCCUCUUCAUACCUACUGCUCACGCGAUUACGCUUACAUUCUCGAAGAUAUUUUUUUUGUAGUCGUUUUUCCUUUUUUUUUUUAACGUAUUUAGGUGAAUGGGUUAAAUGUUUCACGUCGAUCGACACCGGCCGCUAUAUUUUUGCUCAUCCUUAUGAAUAAUUUGCGCGAAUCCUACGAUACGGUAACUUAUUUUUUAAAACGUCGAUAUACGAUUUGAUUCUACGAUAGAAAUCGGUUUUACGAAUAUAUUAAAUUAUUGUUAUAACGUAAUGUAAUAUAUUUUUGUGUAUACAUCGCGGUUCUUUACGUGUAAUUUGUGUAAUAUACAGAGGAUUUCGUAACAGGUGUGGGAAUCUUUAAGGGAUACCUCUACAUGCCAAAAUGAGACGAAAAAAAAACGACGAAAUUGCCUUUGAAGCUUUGUAUACGAGUUAUUAAUUGCUGAAAAUACACGAGAAAACUAAGACUUCGUUUAAUUUCUUCUUCGUUGUAGAAGUAACUUUAUUAUGUAAAAUGUAAUUCGCUUGAUGAUUUAUUUAAAAUACGUUUAAUGAUGUUUAUAUAUGACGAAUAUAUGUAUAUCAGAAAAACCAAAGAACUAUAAAAAGUAGCCUUUAUUAUUCAUGGUACUAUUUUGUUAAAAUAUAUAAAACUUAAAUAUAAAGUUUCUUGAAAUCUAUAUGUAUAUGUAAGUGUAUACGCAUAUACUAACAUGCGGCUUGUUUAGACUCUUAUUGCGGCUCCCGUACACUUAUUCAAUUUAUUAAAUCUAAGUAUCGUGUAAAUUUAACGAAGUAAUACCCACAGAAAUGAAUGCAGAGCGUAAUCACUGAAUAUGAACUGAAUUUUAAACAGUUGAUGCUUUCCCCACUGCAAACUUACAAGUUUUCUACCAGCAAGUAUGUUAUAGAAAAAAGUAUCGACAUGUAUUUAUAUAAAAAGGAAAGAAAUUCAUGUAUAAAAAAACGUAUUUUCUCAAAAAAGAUAUUUUGUUGAUAAUCUCUUUUUACAUAUCUACUCAAACAUAACACUGAUCUACUAUAGUAUUUUUAAUAUACAAAAUACUGUUCCAAUAUAUCAUUCUUGUAUGUUUGAUGGUAAAAAAAAACUAUCAUACACGCUUUUGUCAUUCUUAAUUUGUCUUAUAUUCUGGCAUGUAGACUCGCUCCUUAAAAAUUUUUUACACCUGCAGUCGAACAUUUUUUGUAUAUACACAUAUAUAUACAUAUGCAUACAUAUAUAUGUAUAUACAUUACGUGUAUAUAUAUUCACGAAUUAUGCACCUAUAAAAUGAAUAAAUAAAGCUGGUACAUAUAGACGUAAAUUGUUACUUUUAGGAUAUAUGUAUAGUUUCAAUGUAUACAUAUAUUGUAUUUUAAGCGGAAUGUAAAAAUCGAUUAAAUGUGAAGUAGUGGAUACAAGAAGCAAAAUUGAUGUAUCGUUGUUCAAGCGUAUUUUUCAUUCGUCUUAGCAGUGGCGGAUCUAGACAUAUCGGGAGCCUGAUGCUAAUUACUUUUGUGCCCUUUACUUUUCUGAAGUGUUGAAGGGAAAAUAUAUUUAUCUUUCUAUUAGUUGUCUUUUCGAUGCAUUGUCGUUGUUAUAAAUUUACACUGAUCGAUGGAACAGCUUCGACCCGAAACUGUGCCACGAGUUCAGUGAAAACACUUUACAUGAUGAAGUUUGGCAGACGAUGUCGACUCAAGGGCGCAAAAUUAUAAAAUCAACUGAAUUGUAUCUAAGAAAAAUUAUAAGUAGCUUUUAUUCUGCAUAAAGAGAACACGCUUUAUAACAUUGGGCUAAUCAACCAUUAUAAGAUAUUAAAUCAGCGAGCUAUUUCUUAGGAAAUAUGUUAAAAAUAUGAAAACCGCGAACGACCGUCCUGCGACUAUCAAUUUCGAAAAUUAUAAAUACAGUACCAGAUAGAGAAAAAUAGCACGUAAACAAUUUUUCGCGUAUUUGAUAAAAAAAUUCCGCUUUUUCAUUAAACCAGGCAAAUUCGCCUGGUACCGUUAACAAUACUUUUACAAAUAUUAAGUUGUAAAUAAAAUUAGGGUGUCAUUUACAGGAACCGCUCCAUUUUUCAGAAACGUACAAACUUUUUCUUUUAUGCUUCUGAAUGGUAGUUGAAUUAGAAAGUAAACAAAUACGGUGUUCUUGGAAACCCCUUUUACGCGGGGGCCCUAAGUCGAAGCUUGUUUAGCCUCACAUUAGAUCCGCCCCUGCGUAUUUGCGCAAAACUAAAAAAACCCACCGAUACAAUACAUUUAAAGUACAAUUUCGUCGGUUCACAGUCUUCCUGCAGCAUUACUUAAUUUUAAGCGCGACGUCGCGAUAAAAUUGGUCGUUUCUCGAUAACUUGGUUGAUUAGUUGAUCUAUUUAACGAAAUACUGUGGUGGGAGUGAAUCCUUAGUGGCCUUGAGCUACCAAUUGGUCUUGCACUGGUUAAAAUAUAUAUAUUAGUGUGCUUCUAUCGUUGCAAACCGAAGCAAAGCGUUCCCCUCGCGUUGCAAAGUAGCAAUUUCGGGCUUUUUAUCGUUCGCUGCCGCUAUGGUCGCAAUAAUGUGUGUUUACAAUAAGAAAGACGAGAAGUUACUUUCAAUUUUGUAACGCCAAACAUAUAUACCAAUAUACGUGUAUUGUAUACUCAUCGCAUAGAAUUUGCAUCGUGAUAUACGUAUAACUUUAUAUGCAAGUUCCGGCAACUGUUGUAAAAUUGGGGGAAUAAUUGAUAAAUUAAAGUGUAAAA